AUGGCAAACUCCGCCCGCCCCCCGCGGCUCAAGUACGCGGCAUUGUCGAUGUCGCCGAGCUGCCUCCAGAAGCUGCGCGUUCCGGCGGAGUUCGCGGCGCGCCUCGAGCCCGGUGCCGGGGAGGAGGAGGCGGAGGUGACCGUGCUGGGCCCGGUCGGCAAGGUCUGGCGCGUGGAGCUGCGCUGGCAGGACGGCGCGUGCUGGCUGGGCAACGGCUGGGCGAAGCUCGCCGCCGCGCUCGGCAUCGCCGCGGGGUGGUCCGUCGUGCUGCGGCGCGAGCGGCGCGGUGUAGCUACCCUCAUCGCGUUCGACCCUGGCCACUGCCUCGCGCGCCUCUACACCCCACACGCAGGCGUGAUGUGCAAGAACAGGCCUCGGUUCAUCAAGCUGCUUCAACAGGAUGACUUGGAGAAGAUGACAAUCCCUCAGAAGUUUGUGCAGCAGCACUUGACCAAAGCUGGAGCUUGCCUAAGCAGCCAGAACGCCAUAAUCGUCUGCACUCUCGGCAAGUUCUGGCGUGUCAAGCUACACCAUGGUCUGUCAGAUGUGCUGUGCGGAGACGAAUGGCCCCAGUUCGUGACGGCGCAUGGUCUCUCCCAGGGGAACAUCCUGCUCUUCAGGUAUGAAGGCACUAACAUGGUGUUUUCAGUUGAGGUGUUCCUGCGGAAUGGGUGUCUCAAGGAGUACCACACAACACUUGCUCUGUGUAUAACUGAUGGUGCAAGGGGGCCAAGCGCUACAUUCCCACAAAGUGGAAAGCGGCCUGUAGCUGCAGCUGUCACCAAGAAAAGGAAGAACGCGAAACACGUGGUUUAUGCAAUUUCUGCACCGACCCAGCCCCAGAGCAAACCUGCUGCCAUUUCGCCAAGGCACUCGUUCACGAAGGAGAUCACGGGCUAUGCUGUUAGAAAUCACUUAAGUAUGUCAGCAUCCUUUUGCUCAUCAAUUGGUCUUCUAGGAGCAUGCAAAAUCGAGCUUAAAACAUCCAUGAGAUCUUGGCCGGUAGAUUUUUACAUCAACAAGAACUACGGCUACAUUAAGGGAGAAGGUUGGCAAAGGUUUUGCCAAGACAAUGACGUAGAAGAAGGUGACACGUGCACCUUUAAGGUCGUUGAAAAGACGGUCUGGCUUGUUGUGAUCGAGUGAUGUCUGAUCAUGCCCAGCUAGUACGAGCUAAACGCUAGCCCCAGUAUUUUGCGUGCCAAUGCCACUUGCCAAUGACAGUUCUUGGUUACUGUUUUUCCAUGUGAAAACCUGGUAUUUGGGUACUUUUAGUAGACAGGUUAAUCUAUGUUAGGGUCACUGUGACACCAGUAUGUGUUAAAUGCUAGUAUAUUAGUCUAUGUAUUUUGGUAAUUAUGUAGCCCAGCGGACAAGUUAAUCUAUGUUUUGGUCACUGAAACAUUAGUGUUGAAUGCUACUCCCUGUGCAGCACCAAACCUUGUGUUUCUGCAUUGGGCUGC